AUGGCUCUGGCCGCUCAAGUGCCCGUCACCAACAUCCAAGUCGGCGACAAGUUCCUCAUGGGGAAUUUGAAUACAAUGCUCGGUGCUUGUGACGAGCACUAUUACAACACGGCACUGGAUCCGCAGUUCGAUCCCAUCUACCCAGAUCUCCAACCGGGCGGAUAUAACUCGUCCGGUUGCGGUAUAUACCAGCCACUGCGUGUCAUUGCCAUUGCGUACGCAUGGAACGAGGCCUCGUUCUCGGAUAAGUACAUCCAUCGACAAUGUCUCGAGUUCCUCAAGCUGGGACAGCAGGGCGUGACAGUAGUGACAGGCUCCGGUGACCGAGGCCCAGCAGACCAGCUAGGCUACUGCAUUGACCCAGCGACAGGCAACGCUACAGUAGAAGAGGGGCAUUUCUCCUCUGUCUUCCCGGCGUCAUGUCCGUGGGUGACGACUGUGGGCGGCACACAGCUGCAAAACACAGACAACAGCACUUGGAGCCAGGGCACACCUUUUCCCCCUGAAACAGCUAUGAAUGAGAAUAUUACCAACUCCGGUGGUGGCUUUAGCAGACUGUUCCCAGCGCCGUGA